UCUAUAAAGAAAAAUAGAAAGCCAAGGUCGCAUAUCCUCUCUCUUUUAUUUGUCUUUUGACUCUUCUUAGAUUUAUAGGUACUAAGAAGAGAUCAGAGAUGGAACUGAUCAACUAUCAGUUUUGUCAGUAAUAAUCGGGGCUUGAAUCCGUGCACUAUAGUUAUACUUUUGACCAUCAUAGAAUUUCGCAUAGUAGUUAAAACAAAUCUGGAAUCAAGUUUAGAAAAUCUUUAAAAAGAUGAUAUUAAUAAUAUUAGUUGCUCAUUUAAAAAAAAAAAAAUAAUAACAAGAAAAAAAAAACUGAAAAUGGAACUUGUAUGGUUUCACCAUCAUCAACGCACUAAGAAAGUAUAGGACACCCACCAAGUUGUUCCACCUCUUCUUCUUGAGCGUUACAAUAACUCUCUCCAGAAAAUCGCAUCCUCUCACGCAAACCAUGCUUUUAAUUUACAAUUUACCUACACGAAAACAUAAAAGCCAUUUUCCACCUACAGAGUUGUUGAUCUUAUCAACAAACAAACAAACAAGCAAAGCAAUUAUCUCUGCAUUUCUCAAAACCAGGCUAAAAAAUUGGCUGAAGCCUCUCAAAGCUCUUUUCCUUUUAUUCCUUCAUUUAUCAACUUCUCUUUCCACAAAUUAACCUCUUCUUCUACACACACAAAUGUCAGAGGCAUCGAAGUUAGAGACUUUUCAUCCAGAAGUCUCUGAAGGGUGCUGUUCAAAGACCUCGAUGCAGAGCAUUGUUAAAGAGCUGAAACUUCAAAUGAGAAUAGGUUUACCAUUGGUGGCUAUGAACUUGCUGUGGUUUGGUAAGAUAACAAGUACAUCAGUGUUUCUUGGCCGUCAAGGCAAGCAUAACCUAGCCGGAGGCUCAUUAGGGUUUUCCUUUGCAAACGCUACUGGUUUUGCUGUUUUAUACGGAAUCUCUGCUGCAAUGGAACCCAUUUGUGGCCAAGCCUUCGGAGCCAAGAACUUUAAGCUUCUCCACAAAACACUUUUGAUGUCGGUGCUCUUGCUCCUCCUGAUCUCGAUCCCUAUCUCUCUCUUGUGGCUCAACGUUGACAAGAUCCUCAUCAGUUUUGGUCAAAAACAAGACAUCUCCUCCAUAGCCAAGAGAUACCUUAUCUACCUCCUUCCUGAUCUACCAGUCCUCUCUCUGCUUUGUCCCCUCAAGGCUUAUUUAAGCUCACAAGGCGUUACGCUCCCAAUCAUGUACACCACAGCUGCAGCCACUUCUCUUCAUAUCCCCAUCAACAUAUUCCUCUCUAGGGCAAAGGGAAUCCAAGGAGUUGCAAUGGCGGUUUGGAUCACAGAUCUUAUCGUCGUGAUUCUUCUAACGGGGUACGUGAUAGUCGCUGAGGGAUUUAAAGAUAACAAAUGGAAACAAGGUGGAUUGUUGGACCAACGUGGUCAAGACUGGCUUAAUCUGAUCAAGCUUAGUGGACCGUGUUGUCUCACUGUCUGCCUCGAGUGGUGGUGCUAUGAGAUCUUGGUUAUACUAGGCGGGAGGUUACCAAACCCUGAGGAGUCUGUAUCCACCUUGGUCAUAAUUCUAAACUUCGACUACUUGCUUUACGCGGUGAUGCUCUCUUUAGGCACGUGCGUGGCUACACGAGUGUCUAACGAGCUCGGUGCGAAUAAUCCCAAAGGAGCUUAUAGAGCAGCUUACACUACACUCGUUGUGGGUGUUGUUUCGGGUUGCGUGGGAGCUUUAGUGAUGAUAGCGUGUAGAGGUGUGUGGGGGUCUUUGUACGCUAGCCAUGACCUGAUGAUCAUAAACGGUGUGAAGAAGCUGAUGCUGAUAAUGGCCGUUUUUGAGGUUAUAAACUUCCCUUUAUUGGUGUGUGGAGAGAUUGUUCGUGCAACAGCAAAGCCGUUGCUUGGAAUGUAUGCGAAUCUUGGUGGGUUCUACCUAUUGGCUUUGCCGUUAGGGGUGAGUUUGGCGUUAAAAGCUAAACUAGGUCUUGUAGGGUUCUUGAUAGGGUUUUUGGUUGGAGCAUCAGUUUGUUUCUUGAUAUUGCUCAUGUUUAUUGCAAGGAUUGAUUGGGAGAAAGAGGCCGGUAAAGCACAGAUUCUAACUUGUGACACAGAGGGAGAACAUACUCCACAAGACUCUAAACAAGAUGGGAUCACAAUAUGAAGAAGUAUGUUGAUGUCUUAGGAUAUAAUAUGUUCAACGACGCUCAUAUAGAAUAGAAGUAUCUUAUUAGUAUUAGGAUUCAAGUUAAGAUAAGGAGUCAAUGCAGAAAAUGUGAAAGCUCCAGUGAGUUUACCAAAUUGGAGUUUAGAGCAACUGGUGCCUAUAUAUUAAGGUUUUCCAUUUGGAAAAAAAAAAAAAGACAAUGUCGACUAGAGGAGAGAAAAAGGAAACGCCCACCGUGGGGCUCGAACCCACGACCACAAGGUUAAGAGCCUUGCGCUCUACCAACUGAGCUAGACGGGCUAUUGGUAGUUAAUUAAUGUAAAGUGUAAUACUCCUUGGUUAGUUGAUCAAUCUUUACUA